AUGGUAUUAUUCAGUCGCCAUUAUCGUUCGAUUCAUCAUUCGAAUAGGUUUGAGCCUCCAUUUCAACCGACAUUUCUCUCCGACAGUGAGAGCGCUACUGUCGCCGAUGAGAUUUCUCACUCGUUUGCUUGUUCUUCUCUUUCUAUGUUACAAUCAAUAACAUCAUGUAUGCGUUCGUCCAGUGGACCAUUGAAGCUGUUCAUUGGUAAUAUUGGCGAUAACAAUAAAUCAGAUUUGAGCCGAGUAUUUAGUAAAUAUGGUGAAAUUUCCACGAUUUAUGUCGAUGAAAAGAAGAACUUUGCUUUCGUGGAAUUUACUUCUGUGAGUGACGGCGAACGUGCUUUACACGAUAUCAACCACAAAACAGUGAAUGGCUCACGACUUCGUGUGGAAUAUGCCAAAUCGGAUAAAGUCUCACGAGAUGCUCGCCGACCAAAUUCACGCGAACGUUCACCCACAUCAACAUUAUAUAAUCAUUUACAGGUAACCGCAAAUCGUCUGCCACCAAUAGAUUCAAUUCGUCAGAAUUACUAUCAAAAUCAUCCGCUUGCAAUGAUGCCCGCUUCAGCUAUGUCUCGUGGUCGAUCGUUGACGCCGCCAUCGUUCAAACAGAAUGCUCGUAUUUCAUCCAUGUCCCAUUUGCGAUCUCAAGAAUUCUAUCCACCUUACUAUCCACAUCAUCCAUCUGUCUACACCGAUCCAGCGUAUUACCGAGCAUAUGCAGAUCCAUAUUUGAUACAGCGUUUGCCACCACCACCACCUGGUGCUUUUUUGCGUUCGACAUCACCAUCAUCGUCUCGUGCUCAUCGACAUAUGUAUCCGUCAGCGGAUUAUGACCGUUAUCCUUCAGUAUCUUCGCAUAAACGAGUGUUACGUCGAAGUCGGAGUCGUAGCCGACGCAGAAAUUCGCCAACACGAAAGGGUCGAUCCAGUCGUGAAAGAAAACGCAAACGACGAACUUCCAGUUCAUCUUCACCUAAACAUCAACGCGAUCGUGGCCCACAAACACCACCAUCUACACAUCGAACUAAAAGACGAUCUCGUUCUGAUUCUAAUACAGUUGCUUCAACAUCCGAAAAAAAGUCACGCUCAACGUCUUCGUCAUCUUCUGAAGAUGACAAGCAAUCAGAUUCUAGACGGCCACAAAACAAUGGUUCAGAUCGCAAGCAUUCAAAAAGAAAGACACGAGAAUAA